AACAAAAACACAAUCCCGACUGGUUUUCGUUUUUGUACCAUUACAGCUCCGAAGAACUGGUUUAUUUCAGUUUGGCAUGCAGAGAGGAAUUCUGAGCCGCGGAGGAGGAAGAGGAGGAUUUCUCACCAUGUUUCUAUCGUCGUGUUUAAUAUGGACGCAGCUGCUGAUUCCAGAAUAUUUAGCUGGUGAUCCUUUCCCUACUCGCUGGCCCAGUCGCUACCCUUCCCUGUAUCCUCAUCACGAUGCAGACGACCUUCCACAGUCCCGCCACCACCACCGCCAUCAUUAUCGCCACCGUCAGCAUCCAGCACAAUUAGCCGAAGAGUCUCGGUUUCUUCAGGAUCCUGCCGGCCAGCAGAGCCUCAGCCUGUUGGCACAACCCAAUCACGAGAUCCAACUGGAGCAUGCCGCCGUGUCUGCACGCCAUCUGGUCACUGUGUACCUGGCUGUGGAUGUGAGGAAGCUGAAUGUCAGUCGUCUUCGCUGGUUUCGGGAAGGUGUAGCGGCAGCGCUCGGGGUUCCUGUGCGACACGUUCACAUCAAACAUCUGAAUGAAGAGAAGAAUGGCAUCGAGCUCUUUGUGUCCUCUGAUAGGCUGGGCAUCUCCGAGCUCCGCCCAGCUGAGGAAGUCAUCCAAUCACUAAAUGUCCGGGUGCUUCAUCGCCACCUGGGCCACUUCGGCAUCACCGAGGUCUCAACUGAGAAAAACGUCCUGCAGGGCGAGCAAAGGGAUCACGUGUGGAACAGAGAAGGUUUUUAUGCUGUCGUCCUCUUCUUCACAGUCUUCAUCAUCGUCACCGCCUGCUUGAUGGUUUUAUAUCGAAUAAAGGAGAAGGUUCAGGUUUCUGAGAGGCAGCUUAAAGCUCCGCCCGCUGACCUGCACCUGAGCCCAACCAUCCCUGCAGACUCCACCGACAGGUUAAAGUGCACCAAGAUUGUGGCAGGAAGCAUGGUCCAGGCUGAGCUCCCUCCAGCUGUAGCCACACCCACUCUCCAGCAGCAGCCAAUCAUAGCCUGGCGCCACCUUGCUCCUCCUAUUGUCCCUCUGCCCAGCCCUACCCCAGUCCCCAUCAUCAGCAGCGACGACCACACCUCCCCAACCAUUGUUGUCCCGGUGACGGCCAGUAACGAGCUGAAGCCCUGUGCCUCCCCCUUCAAGAUGAAACCUGCUGCAGGACUGCAAGAAAGACGAGGCUCCAAUGUGUCCCUGGUGCUGGACAUGUCGGCCCUCGGCUCGGUUGAGCCCCUUAACGUUGCCGUGGUAACCCCUAGAGAGGCAGCAGCAAGGGAGUACCUGCUGUCUGCCGGGCGGCCAAUGACACGUCAGCAGCUCCGCGACAUCAUCAACAACAUGCACAAGCUGCAUGCCGAGUUCGCUGAAAUACCAAUGAACUUUAUUGAUCCCAAGGAGCUGGAUAUUCCAAACCACGGGACCAAGAACAGAUACAAGACCAUCCUGCCCAACCCUCAUUCCAGAGUCAUCCUGAAGUUAAAGGGCUGCAACGACCUGCUGAGCACUUACAUCAAUGCUAACUACAUUCGGGGUUACCAUGGAGACAGCAAGGCAUUCAUCGCCACUCAGGGUCCCAUGGUGAACACCGUGAACGACUUCUGGCAGAUGGCCUGGCAGGAGGAGACGCCUGUCAUCGUCAUGAUCACCAAACUGAAGGAGAAGAAUGAGAAGUGUGUCCUGUAUUGGCCGGAGAAGAGGGGGAUCUAUGGGAAGGUUGAGGUGUUGGUCAACAGCAUCAGAGAGUGUGAACACUACACCACCCGCAGUCUCACACUUAAGUGUGGGAAUCAAACCCGUACGCUGCAGCAUUACUGGUACACAUCGUGGCCUGACCACAAAACCCCCGACUCUGCACUGCCGCUGUUGCAGCUGAUGGCCGACGCUGAGACGGACAGACGUGCUGCUGCGGUUGGACCAGUUAUAGUCCACUGCAGUGCUGGGAUUGGCCGGACGGGGUGUUUCAUCGCUACAACGAUAGGCUGCCGGCAGCUGCAAGUGGAGGGUGUGGUAGAUGUCCUGAGCAUCAUCUGCCAGCUCCGAGCUGACAGAGGUGGAAUGAUCCAGACAGGUGAGCAGUACGAGUUUGUCCACCACGCCUUGAGCUUGUAUGAAGCCCGCCUCUCAGCGGAAAUGGGGCAAUGAGCAUUCGCCACCUCAGGAGGCUUCAGCUUUAACCUGGACAUGUGCUAACCUGAAGUCUUCAGCAGGAAUAAUCUGGGCUUUGGGAGGUCCUGGAUGAGGUCUCUGAGUUGAAUAGACAACCAUUUUUGGACUGUUGUGCCAGCUGAAGGAAGGAGGAUAGGUAAAUUUUUGCAAAUGGAAUGUAUCCCUCUUUCUUCUCUUUUUAUUCUUGAAUUGUGGGCGAGAGAUGGAACUCGAUGGAACUCUUCUUUUCUGUUUUCCAGCCGACUGUCGGACCUGGUUUUUACCUGACAGACUCUUUUCUGUUAGAAGUAGUUUGGCUUUAACUGGAGGUUUAUUGUCGAAUAACUCUGAAAUGUUUGUCUUAAAUAGUUCCAU